UGAUUAUUUUGUUUUUGUUCAUUGGUCAGUUUUGCGAUGGAGGUCUAAUAAUGUCAUUUCCAUUUGGGCAAUUUUGUAGUGUUUUUUGGUUAUGCAUUUUAAUAUUCUACAACUGUUUUGACAAGUGUCCAGUUUCCCCUGUUGGUUCCAUUUUCAAAUGUACUGAGUGUUUCUUGAGUUUCCGGUGUUAAUGGUAUUUGCUCUCCUUUUUUGCAGGUUUUUGUUGGGUUCACCGAGAGAUUGCACUGAAAUCUUUCAUAGUUGUAAAUGAGUCGACCAAUGGAAGAAGAUACUGUGAAGAACGAGGAAGAGGAAUUUAACACCGAACCACUGUCGGUUCUGAUGAUGAGUGUGAAAAAUAACACUCAGGUUCUCAUCAACUGUCGCAACAACAAAAAACUCCUAGGCCGAGUGAGAACUUUUGAUCGCCACUGUAACAUGGUUCUGGAAAAUGUCAGGGAAAUGUGGACUGAGGUACCGAAAACUGGGAAAGGCAAGAAAAAGGCACUGCCUGUUAACAAGGACAGAUUCAUCAGCAAGAUGUUUCUUAGGGGAGAUUCUGUUAUUAUUGUUCUGAGAAAUCCCAAAUAAAUUUAGCAUAGCCUGUGCUCCCAGUUUUUGAAACUUUGUAGUUCUCUGUAUUCAACGAGGGAAAACGCUAUUUCGACCACCAACGACUCUUGAUUUGAGAUGCUGAA